CCGAGCUCCCCGCGUGCUGAUUGGCUGCGGGCGCCGCCGGUCCGGCCGGGAGGCGGGGCGGGCCGUAGGCAAAGGGAGGUGGGGAGGCGGUGGCCGGCGACUCCCCGCGCCCUGCUCGCCCCCCGGCCCUGCCCGCGGCGCUCGGCCUCGUUCCUUUCCUCCUCCGCUCCCUCCGUCUUCCGUGCCCGCCCCGCGCGGCUUUCGGCCGGCGUGCCUCGCGCCCUAACGGGCGGCUGGAGGCGCCAAUCAGCGGGCGGCAGGGUGCCAGCCCCGGGGCUGCGCUGGCGAAUCGGCGGGGCCCGCGGCCCAGGGUGGCAGGCGGGUCUACCCGCGCGGCCGCGGCGGCGGAGGAGCAGCUCGCCAGCCAGCAGCCCGCCAGCCGCCGGGAGCCCCCUCCAUCCCAUCGGAAGAGGAAGGAACAAAAGGUCCCGGACCCCCUGGAUCUGACGGGGCGGGACCUGGCGCCACCGUGCAGGUUCGAUACAAGAGGCUGUUUUCCUAGCGUGGCUUGCUGCCUUUGGUAAGAACAUGUCGUCCAUCUUGCCAUUCACUCCGCCAGUUGUGAAGAGACUGCUGGGAUGGAAGAAGUCAGCUGGUGGGUCUGGAGGAGCAGGUGGAGGAGAGCAGAAUGGGCAGGAAGAAAAGUGGUGUGAGAAAGCAGUGAAAAGUCUGGUGAAGAAGCUUAAGAAAACAGGACGAUUAGAUGAGCUUGAGAAAGCCAUCACCACGCAAAACUGUAAUACUAAAUGUGUUACCAUACCAAGCACUUGCUCUGAAAUUUGGGGACUGAGUACACCAAAUACGAUAGAUCAGUGGGAUACAACAGGCCUUUACAGCUUCUCUGAACAAACCAGGUCUCUUGAUGGUCGUCUCCAGGUAUCCCAUCGAAAAGGAUUGCCACAUGUUAUAUAUUGCCGAUUAUGGCGCUGGCCUGACCUUCACAGUCAUCAUGAACUCAAGGCAAUUGAAAACUGCGAAUAUGCUUUUAAUCUUAAAAAGGAUGAAGUAUGUGUAAACCCUUACCACUAUCAGAGAGUUGAGACACCAGUUUUGCCUCCAGUAUUAGUGCCCCGACACACUGAGAUCCUAACAGAACUUCCGCCUCUGGAUGACUAUACUCACUCCAUUCCAGAAAACACUAACUUCCCAGCAGGAAUUGAGCCACAGAGUAAUUAUAUUCCAGAAACGCCACCUCCUGGAUACAUCAGUGAAGAUGGAGAAACAAGUGACCAACAGUUGAAUCAAAGUAUGGACACAGGCUCUCCAGCAGAACUAUCUCCUACUACUCUUUCCCCUGUUAAUCAUAGCUUGGACUUACAGCCAGUUACUUACUCAGAACCUGCAUUUUGGUGUUCAAUAGCAUAUUAUGAAUUAAAUCAGAGGGUUGGAGAAACCUUCCAUGCAUCACAACCCUCACUCACUGUAGAUGGCUUUACAGAUCCAUCAAAUUCAGAGAGGUUCUGCUUAGGUUUACUCUCCAAUGUUAACCGAAAUGCCACAGUAGAAAUGACAAGAAGGCAUAUAGGAAGAGGAGUGCGCUUAUAUUACAUAGGUGGGGAAGUUUUUGCUGAGUGCCUAAGUGAUAGUGCAAUCUUUGUGCAGAGCCCCAAUUGUAAUCAGAGAUACGGUUGGCACCCUGCAACAGUGUGUAAAAUUCCACCAGGCUGUAAUCUGAAGAUCUUCAACAACCAGGAAUUUGCUGCUCUUCUGGCUCAGUCUGUUAAUCAGGGUUUUGAAGCCGUCUACCAGCUAACUAGAAUGUGCACCAUAAGAAUGAGUUUUGUGAAAGGGUGGGGAGCAGAAUACCGAAGGCAGACGGUAACAAGUACUCCUUGCUGGAUUGAACUUCAUCUGAAUGGACCUCUACAGUGGUUGGACAAAGUAUUAACUCAGAUGGGAUCCCCUUCAGUGCGUUGCUCAAGCAUGUCAUAAAGCUUCACCAAUCAAGUCCCAUGAAAAGACUUAAUGUAACAACUCUUCUGUCAUAGUAUUGUGUGUGGUCCCUAUGGACUGUUUACUAUCCAAAAGUUCAAGAGAGAAAACAGCACUUGAGGUCUCAUCAAUUAAAGCACCUUGUGGAAUCUGUUUCCUAUAUUUGAAUAUUAGAUGGGAAAAUUAGUGUCUAGAAAUACUCUCCCAUUAAAGAGGAAGAGAAGAUUUUAAAGACUUAAUGAUGUCUUAUUGGGCAUAAAAUUGAGUGUCCCAAAGGUUUAUUAAUAACAGUAGUAGUUAUGUGUACAGGUAAUGUAUCAUGAUCCAGUAUCACAGUAUUGUGCUGUUUAUAUACAUUUUUAGUUUGCAUAGAUGAGGUGUGUGUGCGCUGCUUCUUGAUCUAGGCAAACCUUUAUAAAGUUACAGUACCUAAUCUGUUAUUCCCACUUCUCUGUUAUUUUUGUGUGUCUUUUUUAAUAUAUAAUAUAUAUCAAGAUUUUCAAAUUAUUUAGAAGCAGAUUUUCCUUGUAGAAAAACUAAUUUUUCUGCCUUUUACCAAAAAUAAACUCUUGGGGGAAGAAAAGUGGAUUAACUUUUGAAAUCCUUGACCUUAAUGUGUUCAGUGGGGCUUAAACAGUCAUUCUUUUUGUGUUUUUUGUUUGUUUGUUUGUUUGUUUGUUUUUAACCGCUAAAUCUUAUUAUGAGGAAACCAUACUGAAAACCUUUCCAAGCCUCUUUUUUCCAUUCCCAUUUUUAUCCUCAUAAUCAAAACAGCAUAGCAUGACAUCAUCACCAGUAAUAGUUGCACUGAUACUGCUGGCACCAGUUAAUUCUGGGGUACAGUAAGAAUUCAUAUGGAGAAAGUCCCUUUGUCUUACGCCCAAGUUUCAACAGGAAUAAUUGACUUGUGUAAUCUAGCAGUCUGUUGAUUUAUCCUUCCACCUCAUAAAAAAUGCAUAGGUGGCAGUAUAAUUAUUUUCAGGGAUAUGCUGGAAUUACUUCCAUAUACAUAUCCCUUUUUUAAAAAGCGAAUCUUUAAAUACCCAUUUUUCAAAAGGUAUUUUAAAAUAUUUCAACAGCAGACCUUCUGCUCUUCGAGUAGCUUGAUUUGGUUUAGUUACCAGAUUGUAUUAUGAAAUGGACGUUUUGUAAAUGUAAUUGUUUCUGCAAAAUACCUAGAAAAGUGAUGCAGAGGUACGAUCAGCAGAUACGGGCCAUCUGUUUUUAAAGUAUGUUGUAUUCAAUUUAUAAAUUGAUUGUUAUUCUACACAUAAUUAUGAAUUCAGAAUUUUAAAAAUUGGGGGAAAAGCCAUUUAUUUAGCAAGUUUUUUAGCUUAUAAGUUACCUGUAGUCUGAGCUGUCCUUAACUGAUCCUGGUUUUGUGGUUGUGACCAUAUUUCAUACUCUGUAGUGAGAGGAGAUUUCCAAAACUCUGUUGGUAGUUCAUUCUGCAGCAAAUAAUUAUGACAUCUAAUAUUGACUCAUUGCAGUUUAAACAUUUCUUUUUGUUUGCAUCUUAGUAGAAAUGGAAAAUAACCACUCCUGGUCGUCUUUUCAUAAAUUUUCAUAUUUUUGAAGCUAUCUUUGGUAAUUGUUCUUUGAAAUCAUAUUCACCUAUCUCUACAGGUAUCAUUUUUCAAUACUUUCAACAUUUGGUGGUUUUCUAUCGUGUACUCCCCAUUUUCCUAUAUUUGUGUGUAUGUGUAUGUAUUUAUGUAAAUUUGGUAUAGUAAUUUUUUAUUCUUUCAACAAAUAUUUAUUGUUCACCUGUUUGUACCAGGAACUUUCUUAGUCUUUGGGUAAAGGUGAACAAGACAACUACAGUUCCUGCCUUUGCUGAGACAGCAGUUACACUAACCCUUAAUCAUCUUACUUGUCUAUGAAGGAGAUAAACAGGGUACUGUACUGGAGAAUAACAGAUGGGAUGCUUCAGGUAGGACAUCAAGGAAAGCCUCUAAGGAAAGGAUACAUGAGCUAAUACCUGACAUUGAAGAACCUAGCCAAGUGAUGAGCCAGGGGAGGCAAGCAUUCCUGGCAAAGAAAAUACCUUCAAACGCAAAAAGGUUCACACUAAAGGAAACUCGUGAUUAGGUAUUAAUGCUUUAUACAGAAACCUCUAUAAAUCCAAACUUGAAGAUCAGAAUGAUUCUAUAGUUUAUAAUAUUUUGAAGGUGGCCUUAUUUUGUGAUCUGCUUCAUGUCAUUCUCACUAGUAUAUCUUCUUCCUCAACCUUUGCUGUAAAAAUUGCAUUUGUACCACAUACUACUUAAUUUAACAAGCUUUUGUUGUGUAAACUCUCACUAUUUUAGUGCCCUGCUGCUUGCUUCUAGACUUCGUGCUGUCCAGUAAUUAUGUCUUCUACUACCCAUCUUGUGAGCAGAGUAAAUAUCCUAGGUAAUACCACUAUCAGGCCUGUAGGAGAUACUCAGUGGAGCCUCUGCCCUUCUUUUACUUACUUGGGAACUUGUAAUAGUGUUAGGGAUCAGUUGUAGGGGCAGAAAACAACUCUGAAAGUGGCAGAAGGUCCUGAUCUUGGCGGUUACUCUUGCAUUACUGUGUUAAGUGAAGCCGUGCCUACAUGCUAUUUCAAUAGUGGAGCACGUCUCUACAGUUCUGGUGCGAUUUUUCUAUACAGUGUGAAAUUGGGACUCUUCGAAAACACCUAUUGAACAGUUAUACCUGUCGAGCAGUUUACUUCAUGGUCGUAAUUACAUUUGUGUGAAUAUGUUUAAUGUUUUUUAAUGAGAUGAUGUUUUUUGUAUUUUAACUACUGUGGCCUAAGUUUUUUUGUUUUCUGCCCCUCCCCCACAUUUAUAAGUGUGGUUUUCAUUUUUCUAAGUGAUAGAAUCUCCUCUUUGUUGAAUUUUUUUCUUUAUUUAAAUUUGCAACAUUACUUAGGAUUUGUUCUUCACAGUACUGAUAAUUUUCUAGGUGUGAUGACCUCAGAACUGAAUGAGUAUGCUUUCUAUCACAUUUUUAAGAUGAGCAGUAGUUUUUCCAGUAGGUUCCACAGAGACACCUUGGGGGCUGGCUUAGGGGAGGCUGUUGGAGUUCCCAUUGACUUUGGUCUAGCCAGUGGCAUCUUUAUUCUGUAUUGAAGUACUGCAUGGGGUUUCUUUUGGAAAGAGUUUCAUUGCUUUAAAAAGAAGCUCAGAAAGUCUUUAUAGCCACUGGUUGAGAUUAGAAAAUAUGAUUGGAUUUAGGCCUACCUUCUGGAAUACCACUGAUUGUGCUCUUUUUAUCCUACUUUAACGAAGCUUUCAUGAUUAGAUUUGAGCUAUAUCGGUUAUACUGAUGAUACCUUAUAAUACACAUUCAGUCAUUUAUUGAUGCCUGUUGUUUGCCCAGCCGCUGUGGUAGAUAUUGAAUAAUAAAAAGAUGACUAGGAUGGGGCCCUGACCCUUGAGCUGUGCUUGGUCUUGUAGAGGUUAUGUUUUUUCCCUCAGGACCUGUCACUGCCAGAAGGAAAUCUACCUAAUUUUUCUUGAAAGUUAAAUUUUCUUUGUAAGGUUUUACAAAUUGUUUAAUACCUAGUUGUAUUUUUUACCUUAAGCCACAUUCAGUUUUGCUUGAUUUGUCUGUCUUUUAAACACUGUCAAACGCUUUCCCUUUUGUUAAAAUUAUUUUAAUUUCACUUUUUUUGUGCCCUUGUCAGUUUAAAACUAAGACUUUGAAGAUAAAACAAACAUCAAUUUUAGUCUCUUGCUAGUUGAAAUCAAAUAGAAGAGAAUAUAUAAGCCACUGGAUUCUCUACCUCUUCCAAAAGCUUCCCAUAUAUACCUUUAAGAUCCUUCUCUUUUUUCUUUAACUACUAAAUAUUUUCAGCAUUUAUUCAGCGUUGGAUACCCUCUUAGUCUGAGGGUGGGGUAGGUUUAUGGUGGGAUAUAAAGUAACACAAGACAAUCUUCACUGUACUUAAAAUAUGUCUUCAUGUACAGUCUUUGCUUUAAAAGCUGAACAUUCCAAUUUGCGCCCUCCAUCCCAAGCCCCUGCCCACCAAGUAUCUCUUUAGAUAUCUAAUCUGUGUACACGAACAAUGAAUGACUUUUUUUCUUACUCUGAUCUAAGGCAUUGAUAUUUAGACAUAUCAAACAUUUCUUCCUUUCAUGUACUUUACUUUGCUAAAUCUAUUAAUUACCUGAAUUUUAUUCUUCCUUUCCUCCUGACAUUACACAUCCAGGUAGUACUUGCUGGUUACCCUCUUUCUUGUUAGCCAUGUUUUUAUCUGUAUAUAUCAGAAUGUUUCUCUCCUUUGAAUUUAUUAACAAAAAAGAAACGUGCUUUUCAUACCUAGAGUCCUAAUUUCUUCAUCAUGAAGAUUGCUUUUCAAAUUGAUUCAAUCAUUUUAAUUUUACAGAUGGCUCAAAAAUUCUGUUCAGUAAAUGUCUUUGUGACUGGCAAAUGGCAUAAAUUAUGUUUAAGAUUACGAACUUAGUUCUGACAGUCGUAGCCAAUGUUUUCCCUACGAUGCCAAAUUUCCAUCUUGGGGCAUGUUGGAUUGUUGUAUUUAAGACAAUCAGGAAUAAUGAUAGUGUGUGGUCUUCAGAGGUAGUCAGAAUCCUGCUAUUGAGUUCUUUUUAUAUCUUCCUUUUCAAUUUUUUAUUACCAUUUUGUUUGUUUAGACUACACUUUGUAUGUGGGGAUUGAGGGGCAAAUUAUCUCUUAGAGUGGAAUUCCUGUGUUUUGAGCGUUAGAACCAGGAAAUAUGAGCUAUACUAGAUAGCCUCAUGAGAGCAUUUAUGAUAAGAACUUAUCUCGUGUGUUCAUGUAAUUUUUUGAGUAGGAAUUGUUUUAUCUUGGAUAUUGUAGCUAACUAUAUAUAGCAGAACUGCCUCAGUCUUUUUAAGUAUGAAAUAAUGUGUGUGUAUGAAUUUAUAUAUAUGUAUACAUUCAUAGACAAACUAACAGUUGGGGUCAUUCUAACAGUGUUAAAACAAUUGUUCCAUUGUUUGAAUCUCAGAUCUUGGUAAAAUGUUCUUAAUUUGUCUGUAUACAUUUUCCUUUCAUGGACAGACCAUCGGAAUACAUUAAUUUUCUUAAUCUGCCAUUUGGCAGUUCAGUUAGUAUACCAUUUUUUGGCAACUUGGUAACAGAAUCACAGCCAGAAUUCGUUAUCAUCAAAGAAAGCUCUGUCAUAUACCCCAUUACUAAAUUAUUAUACAUCCAGUGGACUCUGGGAUGUACUAAAUUAGGGUUAACUUUGUUGUUUUUGUUGAUAAUACUAGAUUGCUCCCUCUUUAAUUCUUCCUCUGGUGUAAGUUUGUUGCUUAAGUUACCCUGGGAAAUACUACUACAAGACCAAAUUUUUCUGUAUUUGACAGCCUGAUUGAAGGUGAUUCAGAGCUUUGCUCAACAUAAAUGGAUUUUCCAAGAUUCUCUGGGCCAUCUUUGACCCACAGGUGAUCUCGCUGGAGUAUAUUAACUUGACUUCAGUGUCAGUUGGUUUGGUGCCAUGAGAUCCAUAAUGGACCCAGAACUUCACUGUUGCUUAGAUGUUAAGAGUCCCUUGGAGGAAUAAUGCCAUUGAUGAUGGGGGUCAGAAAGGUAUAUUAACUCAACAUAGAGGGCUUUUAGAUUUUUCUUCAAAAAAUUUUCAAGAAAAAUACUCUUUUACCCUCCAAAAAGUAACAGCUCUUAGUUGCUCCAAAAUAUGCUCUUUGAUUUACUUCUUAUUUUUAAUUAAAGAUGGUAAUUUAUUGAACAAUGAAAUCCGUAAUAUAUUGAUUUAAGGACAAAAGUGAAGUCUUAGAAUUAUAAAAAUACUUAAAUAUUAUAUAUUUUCCAUUUCAUAAUUGUUUUCCUUUCUCUGUGGCUUUGAAGUUUUUGACUAUUUUACAAUGUUAAUUACUAGGUAACUUGCCAUAUUUCUGGUUCUGUAUUAAGUUCUACCCUUUAUAAUGCUGUUAUUGUAAAGUUGGUUUUUAGCAUUUGUCUGUAGCAAUAGAAAUUUUACUAAGUCUUUGUUCUUCCAGUAAGGUUUUUCUUUUCUCAGUAAGUCCCUAAGAAAACAUUUGUUUGCCACUCUUACUAUUUCCAGUGUUGAAUUGUUCAAGCUGAAACAAAAUUUGGUGAGAAACAAUAGGGUCCUUUUCUGGUGAAUAUAGGUUCCUGCUUUAAGAAUGUGGAAAUCCAUUCCUUUAUAUAACUGAUAUACACACAGAUUAAUUAAAAUCGUGAGAAAUAAUUCACACGUAACAAGUAGGUAACAUGCAUGAGUUUUGAAUUUUUUAAAAAACCUUUAACUGUUUGACAAAAUGCAGAACCCAAAUUAGUACUUUCUUAGACCAGUUUAACCUCACGCCUCAUUUUUGCUUUUCCAACCCUGACUUUAAAGGCAUACUUGUAUCUUUUUAUUAGUGAUAGUGAAGCUGUGCCACUAACCUUUUAUACAAAAGAGUAAAGAAAGAAAAACUACAGAGAUUAAGAUGAAAACAGUUCUGCAGUUGUUGAACUAGAUCACAGCAUUGUAGGCAGAAUAAAAAAUGUUCAUAUCUGAGAAUAUUACUUUCACCAUCUUUUCCCAAGGCCAGACCUCCUGGUGGAGCACAGUUAAAAGUAACAUUCUGGGCCUUUGUAAUCAGAGGGCUGUCUCUCCAGCUGGCAGUCUUUGUUUCAAUAUAUAAUGCAAGACUGUGGAAAACAGUUGGCAUAGAAUAUUUUCACCUAAAAAAAAAAAAAAGACAUACAAAACUGGAUUAAUUGCAAAAAGAGAAUACAGUAUAAUACUAUAGAACCGGACAAAGCUAGGAGAACCUUUAGAAGAUAUGUCUGAAAACAGGUUUCAAGAGUGAGCUUUUAUACACUGCUCACUAAUUUGCUUGAUUACUGCCAACUCUUCUUAAAGUUAACACCUUUAAGUAAGGUAUUUCUGGACUUCCUAGCCUUUUAGCAAGCUUGGAGGAACUAGCCAUUAGCUAGUGAUGUAAAAAUAUUUUGGGGACUGAUGCCCUUAAAGGUAGCCUCAUGCCCUUGAAAGUUCUUACCUUUUCUCUAGUGAUAUUAAGGAAAGAGUGAGUAUGUGCCUGGGACUGAGGGUUUCCCCAGAUGUGGGACUUUUCAGUGCUAAACCCAAGCAAGUCCCAGACACACCUGAAGGAGCUGACCACCUUAGGUGUUCUCGUGACUUACCCUCACUUCCUUAUGUUGUCAUAGUUGCUUCUAAACUCAGCUGCACUAUGACUGUCAACAUUUCUGAUACUUAUUGGCACUUACUACUGUGAAUGGAACAUGAGAUUUAUAACACAGGUAAUCGCUGAAGGUACCAGCAUGGUGGUGAGACUCACACUUCGUGAUCCAGCAAAGGUAACUGAUGUUUUAAUGAAACAGAGAAGAGGCCAACUAGAUAGUAAGUUCUUCUGAACCUAUGUGUAUAUGUAAGUACAAAUCAUGUGUCCUUACGGGGUUAAACUUAAUCUGAAAUUUACAUUUUUCAUAGUAAAAGGAAACCAAUUGUAGUUGCAGAUUUCUUGUGAGGAAAUACGUGGCCUUUGAUGCUCUGGCGUCUACUGCAUUUCCCAGUCUGUCCUGCUCAAGAAGCCAGAAUGUGGUGGUGUAUUUCUCCGUGAAUGUUGUGUUGAAAUGAUUAAAUGCAUCAGCCAAUGGCAAGUGAAGGAAUUGGGUGUCCUGAUGCAGACUGAGCAGUUUCUCUCAAUUCUAGCCUCAUACUCAUAAGGUGCUUACCAGCUAGAACACUGAGCACGUGAGGUGAGAUUUUUUUCUCUGAUGGCAUUAAUUUUGUAACGCAAUAUGAUGGAUGCAGACCCUGUUCCUUGUUUCCCUCUGAUAGUCCUCAGUGGCUGCAUCCUUGGUGCACUGUGAUGGAGAUAUUAAAUAUGUUCUUUGUAAGCUUUUGUUCUAUUACUGUCAAAAGUAUGAUGUGGUUCCUUUUUUAUUUUUAUUAAACAAUGAGCUGAGGCUUUAUUACAGCUGGUUUUCAAGUUAAGAUUGUUGAAUACUGCUGUCCUUCCCCCACCUACACCAAAUAUUUUAGUCUAUUUAAAGUACAAAAAAAGUUCUGCUUAAGAAAACAUUGCUGACAUGUCCUGUGAUUUCUGGUCAGUUUUUAUAUAUAUUUGUGUGCAUCAUCUGUAUGUGCUUUCACUUUUUACCUUGUUUGCUCUUACCUGUGUUAACAGCCCUGUCACCGUUGAAAGGUGGACAGUUUUCCUAGCAUUAAAAGAAAGCCAUUUGAGUUAUUUACCAUG